AUGCCCGCUGUCCAGCCAGACGAUUCAAUGUCUGCCCCGGUCCGGCGCCCGCCUGGGGCCCGCCGCCUGAGGGCCCGAGACCUGUCGCUCCCCGCCUGGGGGAUCCGGCGCCCGCCCGCUGGGGGCACGAUGCCUGCCUGGCCUGGGGGCACGAUGCCUGUCGCCCCGCCUGGGGGCCCGAUGCCUGUCGCCCCGCCUGGGGGCCCGAUGCCUGUCGCCCCGCCUGGGGGCCCGAUGCCUGUCGCCCCUCCUGGGGGCCCGGUGCCUGUCGCCCCCCGGUGCCUGGGGGCCCGGUGCCUGUCGCCCCGCCUGGGGGCCCGGGCCUGCCGCCCCCGCCCGGGGGGCCCGGUGCCUGCCGCCCCGCCCGGGGGCCCGGUGCCUGCCGCUCCCGGGGCCCCCGCCUGGCUCCGGGGGGCCCGGUGCCUGCCGCUCCCGCCCGGGGCCCGGUGCCUGCCGCCCCGCCCGGGGGCCCGGUGCCUGCCGCCCCGCCCGGGGGCCCGGUGCCUGCCGCUCCGCCCGGGGGCCCGGUGCCUGCCGCCCGCCCCGGGGGCCCGGUGCCUGGUGCCUGCUGCCCCGCCCGGGGGCCCGGUGCCUGUGUGCCCCGCCCGGGGGCCCGGUGCCUGCUGCCCCGCCCGGGGGCCCGGUGCCUGCCCGAUGCCGGUGCCUCUGCCCGCCCGAGUCCUGCCCGAUGUGCCCGGAGCUCCUGCCUGCCCGGCCCGAGUCCUGCCCGAUGUGCCUCUGCCCGGAGUCCUGCCCGAUGUGCCUCUGCCCGGAGUCCUGCCCGAUGUGCCUCUGCCCGGAGUCCUGCCC